AUGGUUCACCACAUUCAUAUCGCCGUCCUAGACGUUGAUAUUCCAGCUCGCAAAUUAUACGAGGCUAGAGGGCUCUGCAGUGCCCACUUCCGAACCAUCCUCCGCGAGACUGCCUCACGUCUGAAUCAGACACUUUUCUCCGAGAAAGAGCAACUCGAAGUCAAGAUUACUCCAUAUGAUAUCCGAGGAGGCCAUUAUCCCGACCUAUACAAGCUCCGCGGUCAUGCAGGCGAGGACCAAAUCCCCGUGCAAUUCCCAGUGGACGCAGUCUUGAUCACUGGCGGCUCACCCGGCGUAUACGAAAUGGACCAUUCUCCAUGGAUGCAAGAACUCGAGAAAUUCGUCAAAAUAGUCUACAACCAAUACCCGGAAGUCCGUAUCCUUGGGACAUGCUUCGGACACCAACUUAUCUCGCACGCUCUCGUGCGCAACGUGGAAGACCCGGUCCGCGAUGUCUGGGUUGAGAAAUGCCCUCUCGGUCGUGAGGUCGGAAUUUAUACCGUUCAAUUGGAAAAGGCAUUCGUGCAGUCGUUCCCCGGUGCGCUCGGCGAUCUUCCCGAGGGACAGUUGCGCAUUCAGAUGUUCCAUGGCGAUCGGGUGAUGGCCGUUGAGAAGGGAACUGCUGUUACGCUUACCGAUUCGCCGCCGGUUUCAUUGCCUGCGCCAUGGAUUAAUAUUGGAAGUACACCCAUCUGCCCUAUUCAGGGGCUAUACCACCCUGGUAGAGUGCUGUCUGUACAGGGUCAUUAUGAAAUGGAUGUCUUUGGCAUGACCAAGAUGUGCUUGGAAUCUGCACCUAUCAUGGGAUGGAAGGAGUCGAAGUUGGCGCUGUUCUUGGAACAAGUCGGGGAUGAGCUUGAGGAAGGUCAAGAUGAUUCCAAGGCUUUUGCCUCUGCUGUGGUAUCCUUCUUGGCUGGCUGUGAACAAUGA